AUGUCAACUUUCCGACCUUAUGGCAAAGUCAAUGAAUUCGAUCAAGCAAUGCUCGAAGCUGACCGUAAGAAAACCAGGAAAAGAAUCGCCAUUAUUUGCGUUUCUUUCGUAGUUCUCGCCGCCGUCGUAGUCGGAGCAGUUCUCGAAACCACUCGGAACUCUAAAGGAGACACUACUACCGCCAAAAAUGGCGGAAACAGCUCAUCUAGUCCCAUCUCCACCUCCAUCAAAGCCGUCUGCGACGUCACUUUGUAUAAAGAUUCAUGUUACAACAGCCUUUCUCCGAUGGCGAACUCCAGUACCGAGCUUAAACCCCAAGAUAUCUUUAGGUUAUCGAUGGAAGUUGCGGUUUCCGAGAUAUCGAAAGCGUCUCGAUAUUUCUCCGCCGACAAUGUAGCUUUUAAAGGCGAUAACAUGACGGUUUCGGUCGUUGAGAAUUGUCGUGAGCUUUUAAGUUUAGCCAUCGAUCAUCUCAACGAGUCGUUAUCAUUAUCGUCGACGACUACUUCUAUCGAAACGGCCGUCGACGAUCUCCGAACAUGGUUGGGUUCCUCCGGGACAUACCAACAAACAUGCAUCGACGGGUUCAAAGAGAUCGACGACGACUCCGUCGAUAACCGUCUAAAACUCUCUUUCGAACUUACAAGCAACAGUCUAGCCAUCAUCACAUGGAUUUCGAAGGUCACGUCAGCGUUUAACCUAAACCGUCGAAGGUUGAUGGAGUUCGAGCAUCGAAGGCGGUUGCACGGCGAAAGGGUGUUGGCCGAGAGCUCGGAUAAGUUGAAGAAGAAAGCAGAUAUAAUCGUGGCGAAAGACGGGUCGGGUCAGUACAAAACUAUAUCGGAAGCCAUGAAAGCGGUGCCGGAGAAGAGCAAGAAGAAGAGGACAGUGAUCUAUGUGAAGAAGGGAGUUUAUAAAGAGAACGUUAGGGUUGAGAAGAACAAAUGGAAUGUUACUAUGAUUGGUGAUGGGAUGAAAUCAACCAUUGUUACUUGGAACCUUAAUGUUGUUGAUGGGACUCCCACAUUCUCAACUGCAACAUUUGCUGUAUUCGGGAAAGGCUUCGUCGGUAGAGACAUGUCGUUCGUCAACACCGCCGGACCGGAAAAACAUCAAGCCGUCGCCUUAAUGUCGACGGCAGAUCAAUCCAUCUUCUACCGAUGCCGAUUCGACGGUUUCCAAGACACCCUGUACUCGCACUCCAACCGCCAAUUCUACCGCGAAUGCGACAUCAUCGGGACCGUCGAUUUCAUCUUCGGGAACUCCGCCGUCGUCUUCCAGAACUGUAACAUCCUCCCCCGACAACCGAUGGCCAACCAACAGAACACGAUCACCGCGCAAGGCAAAGUCGAUCCGAACCAGAACACGGGGAUCUCGAUCCAGGACUGCACCGUCUCACCGUACGGAAACUUGAGUUCUUCGUUGAGAACUUACCUCGGCCGGCCGUGGAAGGAUUACUCGACCACCUUGUUCAUGCAUUCGACCAUCGGUAGCCUCGUGCAUCCGGCAGGCUGGCUGCCGUGGACGGGGAACAGUGCUCCGAACACCAUAUUUUACGCCGAAUAUAAGAACACCGGCGCCGGUUCUCCGACGAAAAACAGGGUUAAAUGGAAGGGUUUGAGGAAUAUCAGUGAGAAAGAAGCUAAGAGGUUUACUGUUAAAGAGUUCAUCAAUGGUGAUAAGUGGAUUUCAGAUGCUGGUGUUACCUACAAAUCUAGCUUGUGAUGGAGAUUUUUGUUUGUCCUUUCUUCAUAAUUCCCCCCCCCUUCGUUUGAUGGUAAAAUUCUC